AGCGAGAGGAGGAGGAGGAGGAGGAGGCGGAAGAUGGCGGGACGGCUGCCGGCCUGUGUGGUGGACUGUGGCACCGGGUAUACAAAACUUGGAUAUGCUGGAAAUACAGAACCACAGUUUAUCAUCCCUUCAUGUAUUGCUAUUAAGGAGUCUGCAAAAGUAGGAGAUCAAGCACAAAGGAGGGUGAUGAAGGGUGUUGAUGAUCUAGACUUCUUUAUUGGGGAUGAAGCAAUAGAAAAGCCAACUUAUGCAACAAAGUGGCCAAUCCGUCAUGGUAUAGUUGAAGAUUGGGACUUGAUGGAGAGAUUUAUGGAACAAGUGAUCUUUAAAUAUCUACGGGCAGAACCUGAAGAUCAUUAUUUUCUUUUGACUGAACCUCCACUAAAUACACCAGAAAACAGGGAAUAUACAGCUGAAAUUAUGUUUGAAUCCUUUAAUGUACCAGGCCUAUACAUAGCUGUACAGGCUGUCCUUGCCUUAGCUGCAUCUUGGACAUCAAGACAGGUAGGAGAGCGGACUCUGACUGGUACAGUUAUAGACAGUGGAGAUGGUGUCACUCACGUCAUUCCUGUGGCUGAAGGGUAUGUUAUUGGCAGCUGUAUCAAGCACAUUCCAAUUGCUGGGAGAGAUAUAACAUAUUUUAUUCAGCAAUUAUUGAGAGAACGAGAAGUAGGAAUUCCUCCUGAACAAUCUCUGGAAACAGCUAAGGCAGUGAAGGAACGUUAUAGUUAUGUCUGCCCAGAUUUAGUCAAAGAAUUUAACAAGUAUGAUACAGAUGGGUCAAAGUGGAUUAAACAGUAUACUGGAAUCAAUGCAAUCUCAAAAAAAGAAUUUUCAAUUGAUGUUGGUUAUGAACGGUUCCUGGGUCCAGAAAUUUUCUUUCACCCAGAGUUUGCUAAUCCAGACUUCACACAGCCUAUCUCAGAAGUAGUAGAUGAGGUAAUUCAGAAUUGUCCCAUUGAUGUCAGACGUCCUCUCUACAAGAAUAUUGUGCUCUCUGGGGGUUCAACCAUGUUCAGGGAUUUUGGACGUCGACUACAACGAGAUUUGAAAAGAACUGUUGAUGCAAGACUGAAGCUAAGUGAAGAAUUAAGUGGUGGUAGACUGAAGCCUAAACCUAUUGAUGUGCAAGUCAUUACACACCACAUGCAGCGAUAUGCAGUAUGGUUUGGGGGAUCAAUGCUAGCUUCCACACCUGAGUUCUACCAAGUAUGCCACACCAAAAAGGAUUAUGAAGAAAUUGGACCUAGUAUUUGCCGCCACAACCCAGUGUUUGGGGUUAUGUCUUAAAAUUGACUUCAUAGUUAUAACAGUUAGGGAAGUGGGGAAGAGCUCAUCUUUCUGAUUUACCUGUUUUGUCUGGAUGGCUGAUAAGAUAGCAAACUGACUUGACAAGAAAAAGACCAAACAUAAUUCAACAGGAAUAUUUUAAUAAAUGUAUCAACAUACGAAUGUAGAAGAAAGCCAAAAUGAUUAAAAGUGUUUUCCUUUAGAUAAUAUUUGAAUCUGUGUGUAACAAAAAGAAAUGGGUUUUAGUUCUUUCUGUGACCAGAUAUUUUGUAUAUUAAUGGAUUAUCCAAGAUUUGAUGGAAUUUAAUGGUAUGUAGAUAGCUCUAUAAUGCUUGAAUUGUACACAGCAAAGUGUACAAUGCAAGAGCUUGUUUAUAUUUCAUACUUUUUUAUACUUUGAGGAAAAAAUGUCAAAGAAAAACUGUCAUAUUUGAGUAAAAGAGAGACCAACUCUAAGGUAAAUUAAAAAAAAAAACCUCAUGACACUUGCUUACACACUCAUGUUAUCCUAGUUAUUAAAAUUUUCAACCAUCCAAAAAGAAAAAAAUCUGGUUUUCUUUGCAAGUGCUUUUUGGAACUAAAGCUAGUAUCUUGGAUUAACUGAUGCCUGCUAGUGCUUUCUGAAUACUAUCAUUCUGUUUCCUGCUUUAAAAAAAAAAAAAAAAAAAA